AUGGACAGCCUGUUCGUGGAGGAGGUGGCCGCCUCGCUGGUCCGCGAGUUCCUCAGCAGGAAGGGCUUGAAGAAGACAUGUGUGACCAUGGACCAGGAGCGCCCACGCUCCGAUCUCAGCAUCAACAGCAGGAACAAUCUCCGCAAGGUUUUGCAUCUUGAAUUUCUCUACAAGGAGAACAAGGCAAAGGAAAAUCCUCUAAAAACAAACCUUGAGCUCAUUACCAGAUACUUUCUGGAUCACUUUGAAAAUACUGCUAACAGUUUUACUCAAGAGACACCAAUGCCUGCACUCUCACUUCAAAAGAAAAGUAACAAAUUACCAGUGAGAUGCUCGGAGACCACACUGGUAAAUAUAUAUGAUCUUGCAGAUGAAGAUGCGGCAUGGAGAACAUCACUGUCAGAAAUGAGCAAAGCCAGACAUGACCCUCUUGAUGGCGAUGUACUUGGUAAUUUUGUAUCAUCCAAAAGGCCUCCCCAGAAAAGUAAGCCAGUGCAGCCGAUCCCCACUGAAAGCCCCUCUGUGGUCCCUGUGUGGGAGAAGAUGGACAAGCUCCAGUUGUCAGAGCCUUCCUUGGACACGAAGAGGGUGGGAGAGAAGAUCAGGCCCAAGUCUGGCCUGAUUGUCCGAGGCAUGAUGGCCGGGCCCACCGCCAGCUCCCCACAGGAUCCCCUCCGCAAGCGCUGCUCCCUGAGGCGGCCCCUGGCCUUGAGCAGCGUGGCCCCGCCCUGCGAGGAGGAGGAGGAGGAGGGCCCGAGAGCCCCCGAGCUGCCCGCCUGCACCCCGGCCUGUGCUGUCCCCCAGGAGGGCCUGGCUCCUAGCACCGGCCCCAGCUCCAGGAGCCCCCCGGGCCAGCUCAGUGAGCUCCCCACAGAGAAGCACAGGCCCACACCCGGCAGCCCGCCUCGCUUGCCCAGCCAAGGGCUGCUCCAGGGUGGGAACGGCAGGUGGAGAGGCGCAGAGGACAGCCCGGCCGUGGACGGCGGCCCAGAGGCCGCCAGGACGCCCGUGAAGUUCUUGCCAGGUGGGCAUGCCAGGACGACCCAGGAGAGGCUGGAGAGAGCGUUCAAAAGGCAGGGGAACCAGCCCGUGCCCCUCAGGAAAACUCAGUUGCCAGUGUCCAGCAAGGUCGGUGGUGAGCUGGGCGCCCUGCAGCUCGAGGAUGUGGAGGACGAAUCGAUAGGGGAGGAAGUUACCCUCCCUUCAGUCCCAUCAGCGCCCAAGCUGCACAUAGUGUCCAAGCCAAUCGACCUCUCAGUGGCAAAGGACUUGAAGACCCUUCUGUUCGGGUCCAGCUUUUGCUGUUUCAACGAGGAAUGGAAACUGCAGAGUUUUUCGUUUCAAGACACAGCCUCGUUGAAGUACGGCAUCGUGCAGAACAAGGGUGGUCCCUGUGGGGUUCUGGCCGCUGUGCAAAGCUGUGUCCUGCAGAAGCUCCUGUUUGAAGGAGACAGCCCGGCGGACUGUGCUCGGCAGCUGCACCCUUCGAAUGCCCACAGGACCCACUGCCUGGCCCUGGCCAUCGCGGACAUUUUGUGGCGGGCUGGGGACCACAAGAGAGCCGUGGUCACACUGGCUUCGGGAACACAGCAGUUCAUUCCACUGGGGAAAUACAAAGCAGAUGGAGUCCUAGAAACACUCACACUCCACAGUCUGACCUGCUAUGAGGAGCUGGUGACUUUUCUCCAACAAAACAUCCACCAGUUCGAAGUGGGCCCCUUCGGAUGCAUCCUGCUCACGCUGUCGGCCAUCCUGUCCCGGUCCACCGAGCGCGUCCGCCAGGACUUCGACGUCCCCACCAGCCACCUGAUUGGAGCGCACAGCUACUGUACACAGGAACUUGUCAAUCUGCUCCUGACCGGGAAAGCUGUGUCCAAUGUUUUCAACGACGUGAUGGAGCUGGACUCCGGGGACGGGAACAUCACGCUCCUCAAAGGCAUUGCUACCCGCAGCGACGUGGGCUUCCUGUCUCUCUUUGAGCACUACGGCGUGUGCCAGGUCGGCUGCUUCCUGAAGACCCCGCGGUUCCCCGUCUGGGUAGUGUGCAGUGAGAGCCACUUCAGCGUCCUCUUCAGCCUGCAGCCGGAGCUCCUGCGAGACUGGAAGGCGGAGAGGCUGUUCGACCUGUACUACUACGACGGGCUGGCCAACCAGCAGGAGCAGAUCCGGCUGACCGUCGACACCACCCAGACUGCUCCUGAGGACCCAGACAAGGACCUGGUCCCGCCCCUCGAGCUCUGCAUCAGGACCAAGUGGAAGGGGGCAUCCGUGAACUGGAACGGCUCAGACCCCAUCCUGUGAGCCUCAGUGCGGGUGAGUCCUGUGGCUCCACUCAUCGCUGGGUGACAGCAGGGACGGGUCUCUCAGAAGAGUGUCACCCCCAUCUGGGCCGGCACUGCUGCAGAACCAUCUGGAGCCCCCCU